UGUCAGUGUUUUUUUGGUCAUCUCAAGGAUGGGGUGGACAGGCAGGGGGCCCUCAGCUACGCCAACACCAUCCACCCCAACGGAUCGUGGAGCCACAUUGACUACCGCAGGGGCUGUGGGGUCAAGCGCGCCCUCUGGCCUGCUACAGAGCACCUCGAUCGGGUGCUGGUCAUGACCAAGGCCUGGGCCGCACCAGAAUCGACCGCGCAUCUCGACCCUGUGCUGCUGGCCAAGAUCGUCAUGGGGCUGGACUGGUGGCUCGUGCGUGACUACUCGGACGAGGGCUGCACCGACACCAACGACCCGUCUGAUUGCUGUGGAAUGACAGGAAUGUGGCACCCCAACUGGUGGUGGAACAUGGUGGGCGUGCCUCUGCGGAUCGGCCCCACCUGCCUUCUCCUGCGCUCGGCCCGGCCCUCCGUACUCACCCCCACCCGCCGGGCCGGGUGCUCGGCCAUCCUUCGCCGAUCCGAUUGGCGCGGCGCCACCGGGGCCAACACCCUGUGGCUGGCCCAGGGCGCGGUGUGGGACAGCCUUCUGCGCAACGACCAGACCAAGGUGGCUGCGGCCUACGGGGCCAGCGAGCGUGAGGCCCGCUACUCGCCCGGGUCAGAGGACGGCAUCAAGCGCGACGGCAGCUUCCUCCAGCACUCAGGUGUGCUCUACACCGGCGGCUAUGGCUCGGCCUUUGCGAGCGUGUACGUGGCCUUGUUCUCGGCUGCGGCGGGGACUUCGUUCGCACCGAGCGCUGUGGGGCAGGAGGUGUUCUCUAAACUGGUGCUCGACGGCCUGCGCUGGGCGGUGGUCCACUCGCCCCAGCGCCAAGUCAGCUUCUUCGAUCCGUCGGUGACCGGCCGCGGCAUCGCUCGCCGGUCGUCGGGAGCAGGGCUGGGCCUCGACUUCACCGCUCUGGCCAACCUCACCGUGGGCUGGGCUCGGCAGGCCGAGUUCGCCGACUUUGCGCGAAUGUUCGAGUCGCGCGAGGGCUCAGGGCUCACCGGCAACCGCAUCUACCCUGCGGCGGACUACAUGGUGCAUCGCCGCGCCGACUACGUGGUCAGCAUCAAGGCCUUCUCAGAGCGCGUGGCCACCUCUGAGUGCAUCAACGCCGAGAAUCGGCGCGGGCUACACCUGAGCGACGGAGCCAUGUUCGUGCAUCGGUCGGGCAAAGAGUACUGUGGUGGCCCAGAUCAAGCCGAAGACGCAGCUGUGUUUCCGCUGUGGGACUGGCACCACGUUCCUGGGACCACGGUCGACUGGGGCGUCGAUCGGCUCGAGUGCUCCCAGGUGUACAGCAAGGGCCUGACCGGCUUCGUAGGCGGAGCGUCGGAUGGAACCUACGGCGCCUUCGCCAUGCGGUUCGUGUCGGCCUUCACGACCAACCUCUCGCUGAAGAAAGCCUGGUUCAUGUUCGACGACGAGAUCGUUGUGCUGGUGGCGGACAUCACUUCGGCCGACCCCCGUGCCCCAGUGCACUCGGUACUGGACUCCAAGGUGUUGCAUGGCAACGUCUACACCAGCGUCUUAGGCAACCAGGCGCCGCUGGACAUUGGUGUGCAAUCAACCACGUGGCCCUGGUGGUUGCAUCACGACGGCGUUGGCUACGUGUUUCCCGGCAACGUGAACACCCUCGAGAGCGUGGCCCUGCACCUGGAUCUGACCAAGCCGCGCACGGGCAACUGGUCCGCCAUCGGCUCCGACGCCGGUACCUCGACCCUGCCCACCUUCACCGCCUGGCUCACGCACCAGCAGCCCCCCGUGGCCGGGGACUCGCUGGCCUAUGUCCUGGUGCCAUCGGUCUCGCUCGACGCGUUCGACCCGCGGCGAACCCUCGAGGCCGGGGAGGUAGUGUCCAAUUCUGCUACUAGCCUGGUGGUCGUGCACCGCGGCCUGGGCCUGGCUGGAGUGGUGCUGUGGGCCGCCCGGCACAGGGUGAGGUUCGCUCUCGAAGCGGCCGAGUGGGAGCUGCAGGCGGACCACCCGUGCGUGCUGUUAGCACGCGAGGCCCAGGGCGGUAACGAGCUCCAGCUCACAGUGGCGGAGCCCACGCAACGAUUGACCAGGGUCGCGCUCAGAGUGACCCGCCGGCGGUCUCGCAGCGGUCGCGAGGCACCAGAAACAACGUCAGCCAUCUUGGCCAUCUACUUUAAUGCUCGCGAUGGGAGCUCGCAGAGCGCCACCUGGCGCGACGAUCUUCCGUACGUGGCCAUAUCGCAUGGCACGACGCACCAAGGCCUCGUCACCAUCUUCAUUCGCACAUAUUGGUCGCUGUUUGAACCAAGCAAGCCAUGA